UGGUUGUACACGACUGAUGUCCAAGCAAGAGUGGUAAACAGCAACGACGUCAACACAUAUCACUGCUACGCCAGUUGUCUCAACCCUUGCAACCAUGUGCGGCCAUUCCGCAACACCCGGUCUACAACCUGGGACACCGUCAACCGGCUCAGGCUCCUCUGAUCGAGAUGGGUUGAGAGCCUACGUCCCCAAUACACCGAUUUUCUACGGGUGUACCUGUUCGCCAAAUGGUUGGCGGAGAAGGAGGAGAUGACAGAGUGGCUGAAGUUGAACAACGAAAUGCUGUUUGUGGCAUGCAUCUGCCACGACCUUGGUGCUUCAGAGCGAUACAAUGGACCUCAACGGUUCGAGGUGGAAGGCGCCGACGCUGCAGCAGAUCUCCUACGUGCCUUCCAAAGAUCAGAGUCGGAAGUUCACGAGGUCUGGACGGCCAUAGCAUUGCACACUUCGCCUGGUAUAGCAGAACGCAUCACGCGUCUGGCUCGACUGGUCAGGAAUGGGGUCUUGAUCGAUUUCCGGCCUGCUAUCCGGGCGGCAGUGGAGGCGGUGGACUACGGCAUCACGGUUGAAGAUGCACUACCCAGACUUGAGAUCGAGAAGGUCCUUGGAGACGCUGUAGUCCAGCAAGCCAUCCAAACCCCGGACACAAAGGCCCCAGCUGCUUCCUGGCCUGGUAUUCUGUACCGAAGUUCUUGCGACGACCCGACUUGGACUGGUGUCAAUCGAGCUUUCUAGCAGGUAUACCCAUCAUCACGUUCACCUGCAGUACAGAGCCUGUACCUAUUAUCCAGUUUCUUCCUCAACUCGACAGUGUAUAUAUCUGCUGGAUACCGCAUAUGGACUAACUCCGGUGUCCUACCAGUGCUGGGGCGGGUGUCCGUGACCUUCGAUCGGAAGCUUUAGGGUCCAAAGGCCCAUCUCUCAGGCCGUUGUGGGUGCUUCAAGCCGCGGGGUUCAUGCCCUAAUUCUCCAGUCGGGCUGGUCAGGCGGCACCCGUGUGUCUCAGGGCGGAUUGCGACAGGCUCGAUGACGCGCCUUGAUCCCCCGAGAGACACGGGCAAAUCGUUCAAUUUGAUGAUGGCCACCCGCCCGGAUUCGCCAAUAGAUGACGAUGGCCUGCGACACAUGGCCGCUACACCUCCCACAAUUGCACCCCCGGAAUAGAAGCACAGGUACACGACAGCCUCGAUAAAAUCACUUUCAUACAACUUGAACAUGACACGCAGUAUCGGCAUUACCUACCUGGUAGGUUCAAUUUUUGAUCAAUAGAUUGAAAACGCGUCUGUCACCGCCGCUUCAAGGUUGCUGCCCUUUCACUUCCUCGGCAGUAUCUGGAACUUGAAGUACAUUGUAGGUACGGUAUACGAGUUGUGAGCGGGCAAUCGCGGAAAGGAUCGGUCUACACGCUGCACAGCUGAUCAGGGUCGUUAGGUGCCGUGUCCGUCGAUCAGCUGAGGAUGAUCAGAUCAGCUCAACAGUUCCGAUCGUCUAGAUCAGCACGGUUCCCCUACACUGGCACUGGCACCUAGCUGGCUCUGCAAGUGGUCACUCACUUCUUCCCCCACGUGGCGCCGUCGCCAUCGUCACGCAACAGUGGCCGUCCUUUUGUGCGUGGUCGACUUGGGCCAAUUAGACUCGCGGCAUCUACCAUUUUAUAUCCAACUACCAAGUCACAACAACUACCACCACUGCUUUUAAAGGUCCUGCUUGAAGCACACGCGUUUCCUAUCUGGCCGUUGAUUUGUGGCUUCUUUGAAAGACACACUGGCUUCCUAUUUCAUUAAUUGUUGGCGAUCUUCGGAUCAAAAUGCCCAUGCCUCUGUUUCCAAACACCAUUCACUUUUACUAGUCAUCAGCCAACCAACUCCUUCCGAAGGAGCCAUGAAAUCCAGGACUUACUGGCAAUAUCCUAUCAUGAUGCCCUUCUAGAAGAGGGGCCCGCCGACGACUACAGUAAAGUACCUUGAUCACCGAUCAGUGGCAUUCAGUUAUAAGACGUGCUGUAGGUAGCGACCUGCGUCACUGGCGAGCUGCUUCGUGGUACAACUCAGUUCAUCUACUGCCAGUAUCUAGCGUACUCAGCUAGGUAGAAAGUCCUGUAAGACACUGCCAGAUCCAAUACUACAAUUAACAAUGACGAACUUGAACUGGGGAUGCCAAUCUGUGGGAUUCAUUAAAUAUUAUCAUGCCUUCAGGGUACUGUUACUGUUACACUGAUUGGUAUACAUGACGGCAUCAUCAUUACCUCCCCGGAUCUGGAA